GCGUGGCCCCGCUCGCUGCGGUGCCGGGAGCUCCGCCGCUCGGUGCGACACGUGCGGCCUCUGAAGAAGUGUGAUUGAAGGCAACUUGGCUCUGCGUCCUUAACAACCAGCGCGAGGGCGGUCCCGGUGUGUUGGUGUUUGACAAGCGGGACACGAUAGGUAAAAAGAAGAUGUCGGGUCGUCGUGUGGCUGCCGCGUGUGACCGACGCCAGCUGCCGCGGGGCAUGGGGAGCAUGGCGGCCCCGCUCCUCGACCCGCGUCCACUUCGGCUGCCGUUUCUGGAGGCUGACAGUCGCCUCCAAUCGAUUUGCGGGCGCUCGAUGCAGCAGCCUUCGCGGAGGAGCAUUCUUCGGUCUCGGCCGCCGCCGCCGCCUCCUCCCUUACCGCCGCCGCCGAUCGAUGCGCUCAGAGCUCCGGUCGCCAUUUUAGGGGGAGAGCGAGGGAGGCAGAAGGAAGGCUCGGCCCCUCCAAGGCAUUCCUUGCUCACAAUGUAUAGGACAAAAGUCAGCUUGAAAGACCGUCAGCAACUUUAUAAACUAAUCAUUAGUCAGCUACUGUAUGACGGAUACAUAAAUAUUGCCAAUGGCUUAAUAAAUGAGAUAAAACCACAAUCAGUGUGUGCGCCAUCUGAACAACUGCUGCAUCUUAUUAAAUUAGGGAUGGAGAAUGAUGACAGUGCUGUUCAGUAUGCAAUUGGGCGGUCAGAUACAGUAGCUCCAGGCACUGGAAUCGACUUGGAAUUUGAUGCAGAUGUACAGACCAUGUCUCCUGAGGCCUCUGAGUAUGAGACUUGUUACGUCACGUCUCAUAAGGGGCCGUGUCGUGUAGCAACAUAUAGCAGAGAUGGACAGCUAAUAGCUACAGGAUCUGCUGAUGCCUCAAUAAAAAUUCUUGACACGGAGAGAAUGCUGGCCAAAAGUGCUAUGCCUAUUGAGGUCAUGAUGAAUGAGACAGCACAGCAGAACAUGGAAAAUCACCCUGUUAUUCGGACUCUGUAUGAUCAUGUGGAUGAGGUUACAUGUUUAGCUUUUCAUCCUACAGAACAGAUCCUAGCAUCUGGUUCAAGGGACUACACACUUAAAUUGUUUGACUAUUCAAAACCUUCUGCCAAAAGAGCCUUCAAAUACAUACAGGAAGCAGAGAUGUUGCGCUCCAUCUCUUUCCAUCCCUCUGGAGAUUUCAUACUUGUGGGUACCCAGCACCCUACUUUGCGACUCUAUGAUAUCAAUACUUUCCAAUGUUUUGUGUCUUGCAAUCCUCAAGACCAGCACAUCGAUGCCAUAUGCUCAGUGAAUUACAACGCAAGCGCAAACAUGUAUGUGACAGGAAGCAAGGAUGGAUGCAUCAAACUGUGGGAUGGUGUUUCGAACCGCUGCAUCACUACUUUUGAGAAGGCACAUGAUGGAGCUGAAGUCUGUUCUGCUAUUUUUUCCAAGAAUUCAAAGUAUAUCUUGUCAAGUGGAAAAGACUCUGUAGCUAAACUGUGGGAGAUAUCUACUGGUCGGACGCUGGUCAAGUACACAGGAGCUGGUCUGAGUGGACGUCAAGUGCACAGGACACAAGCAGUCUUCAACCACACAGAAGACUACGUGCUGCUGCCAGAUGAAAGGACCAUAAGUCUCUGCUGCUGGGAUUCGAGAACUGCUGAGCGAAGAAACCUCCUUUCUCUUGGGCACAACAGCAUCGUCCGCUGUAUUGUCCAUUCUCCCACCAACCCUGGCUUCAUGACCUGCAGUGAUGACUACAGGGCUAGAUUUUGGUACAGGAGGUCAACGACGGACUGAGGGCAUCUUGAUAAAAGAAUGGUUAUCCAGAUUCCUUAUAUCAUCCUGUAUUGAUUGUACCGCCGACAGAUGCCUAAAGGAGAGCUACGCUGUGUCUGUUUUUUGUUGUUUUGUGUUUUAAUUCUGUCAGAUGGCAGAAAAAUAUUGAGAUACUGAAACUUCAGUUUUGCCCCACGCUAAUUUUUUUUAUUAGUGUGCGUGGCAUUAAUUUUUUUAAGUCAUCUCUGAUUUUACUCGAGGAGCUGGGGUGCGGAAUAAAACGAUCCUUGCAGGAAGGAUUAAACUUACUCUCCUGUCUUUCUGAAUCCUGCGAAAGAUAAUGUGACUAAAUCUUGCUCAAACUGGGCAGUGUGAGCCAGUUUUGCUCUGCAUUGUAUCUGUGCAAUCCCCCUAAAGUCUGUUUAAAGAAUGGAUUACACGAGCAACGGUAGAACUCAGUGAAUGUUUUAGUGAAGCCUUAAGCCGUCUUCAGUUCUGAUUCAUGCUUUGAAGCUCUUUUAUAUCUUUCAGUCUCCUUCUCUCAGUUGGCCAAGUGGGCCUCUGAUUCUGAGUCAGUUUGGUGCCAUAAGAAUUUAAAACGUGGUUUUAAAUUGUUCAGAUGAAUUGAAGAAAUGGUGUUCUAGUUCUGAUAUUAAAGUUCAGACUUGAAAUCUUGUCUUCUUUACAAUUUAUCUCAAGUGUAAUCUUAAAGUAAAUUCAAGGAAUAUUCACACUGAAGCUAUUAAAUGUGGCAGUGCUGCAGCAUAUGAAAGUGACAAUAACCUGGCAAUAGGAACUGUUUAGUAACUCCUCUGAGAAAUGUCAAUUUUCUUCAUAUAUCUACGUCAGAAAUGUCAGUUUGUUUCAUUUAGUUCACAUUCUGUCAGUGUGUCACGCAGCAAUUGAGAUACUUUUUUGAAUUUAAAAACAGACUCAUUGUUUCUUCUGCCUGCUGUGUCUGCUAGUCUGAGUUUCCCAGAUCUUACUGUAUUCAUAGAAGUACAAAUCAGCAAGAAAUCUGUGGUUAAAACUUCUGUACACUUGAAAAUUCACUACAUGUUCUUAUAGGUGAGGUUUGAUAUCCGGUCUUUGCAGUUUUAAGAGUGUUCAUUCAGGCAUUCUAUCUGCAGCAUAGUGGUGCAGUGCUGUUCAGAUUCACUUUUGGGAAUGAAUUUCCCUUAGUCAUAAGCUCAGCACUUGCUUUCAUUAAAUGUAUGGUUGUUUAUUAAUGUUGGGUUAACCUUCCAUUGCCACUGAGUGUCUUGUCAAGGGCUGAUGAGGAUGCAGGUUUUGUCUAUAUAUAAAUAAAGAUGAUCUUUUAAAAAAUUAUUUAAUAUAUAAAGAAGGAAAUGUAUUAGUUUUCUAUAUAGAAGAUAGUAAAAGUACUGGAAGGAUUUGGGAUGUAUUACAAUCUGAAUUGCUCUGUUGCAGCGCAUUCGAAUCAGGCAGUUGCAGACCUGCAGUGUUGAAUGUUUCAGUUUUGUUGUUCUUCUAAAUUUAAUAUUCUUCUUAAACAGUACAGCAGUACAGAACCAAUUUAUUGGACUCAGUGAUUUUCUACAUCAGUUGUCUACAACUUCAGAUGCACUGGAGGCAGGAGGUGGUGGGUUCUGCUGGCUGCUUUGGUGAAGGAACAAGGAGAGCCGGUGGGAGGGAGAAGGGAAAUCAUGACACAGCUAUGAACACGCUGUCCUUGCUCAGCAGUCAGCCCUCUGGUACCAGCAUCAGUGGGCUAAACUGGGAGCAGUGGGAGUUCUUUAUUAAAUUGAAGUGUUUCUGGUAAAGCAGCUGUCUGUAAGAAACUCAUUCGCUGUGCAUCUUUGGGCUCUUCUAUUUUCGAAGCAGUGUUUUGUAUAUUAAACCAUUGCUGAAGUUGUUAA